AUGAAGACCUCUCUCGUUACCCUUAUCACCCUUUUCGCCUCUGCUGCCGCUUUCACGCCUUCCAAGAGUGCCAGUUCCAAGGUUCUUGAUGCCACCAAAGCAGAAAUCUUGAGUGAGCCUGACACCACUGAAUUCGGAUCUAUCUGGGAUCCUUUGGGUCUUUCCGAGUUGGGUUCUGAUGAAACCCUUGCCUGGUUCCGUCACUCCGAAGCCAAGCACGGACGUGUUGCCAUGGCUGCCUUCGUUGGAUGGUGGGCUGUUGGUGCCGGUCUUCGAUUCCCAGGAGAGCUCGCACACGGACUCACAUUCGAAUCCAUCCCUUCCAAGGGACUUGAGGCCUGGGAUGCUGUUCCAGGAUGGGGCAAGGCACAAUUGCUUUUGUUUGCUGGAUUGAUCGAAUUCCACGACGAACUUUUCUUCAGCCGCCGCGGAACUCACUACAUGCGUGGGGGAACACCAGGAAAGAACAUGGUUCCAGGACUUUUCGAUCCCUUCUCCUUGUCCAAGAACAAGAGUGAAGCAACUUUGGCCAAGGGACGUGCCAGUGAAUUGAAGAAUGGACGCUUGGCUAUGAUUGGAUUCAUGGGGCUAUACGCUGCCGCCACAAUUGAGGGAUCCGUUCCUCUUCAGCCACCAUGCUAA